GCCGCCAGCUCGUCACUCGGAGCGCCCCGUUGCGUCUCAUCAGCAUGCUGCCAGGACACUGGCUCGUCCUCCUCUGGAGCUUCACGGAGAUUGAGCGGACCGACUCAGACUCCCACACUCUGGAGUUCAUCUUCACCGCAAUCUCUUCAUCUGAAGAUCUUCCUGAGUUCAUGUCUGCUGUGAUUCUUGAUGGCCAGCAGAUCAGUUAUUAUGAUAGUAAGAGCCGCCAGAUAUCUCACAAGCAGACCUGGAUGAAACAGAAAAUGUACCAGUUUAAUGCCCACUCUUCGGGAGUUUGCUUAAGUGUGGAGAAUUUAUUUAAAUCCAAAUUACAGGCGUUGGUGAUGAGGAGCAACCACUCAUCAGGCAUACAUGUACUCCAGAGGUCACUUGGCUGUGAUGUGGAGGAUGGUGUACUGAAGCAAGGGUUUUUGCUUUAUGGCUACAAUGGGGAAGACCUCAUAGGCUUUAGUAAGGAUCGUCUACAGUGGUUUCCAGCAAUCCCAGAGGCAUACUUCCUAAAACGUGAAUGGGACAAAGACAGAAUGAGUAAUAAAGAUUACAAAGAUUUCUUGGAUUCUAAAUGUGUGGAGAUACUAAAAAAACAUGUGGAAAAUAAGAAAAUCCAGGAAGUUACCCCAGAAAUGAAGGCAUUUUCACGGAAAACAAAAGAUGGACAUCGAGUACAUCUGACUUGUCUAGCAACUGGCCUUAACCACCAAAACAUAAAGAGCAGCUGGUAUAAGAAUGGAGCACCACUACGGAAUAAAUCUCAGUCUGCAAAAAUCCUUCCAAAUGGUGAUGGAACCUUUCAAAUUCGGGAUACUCUAGAGAUUGACCAUGCGGAUAACAAUAAUUACUCUUGUGAAGUUGAACGCUCAACUGUGAAGUUUGACCGAAGAAUCUCCUCUGAAAAAAGCAUCCAAUCUGAUGUGGUGACUGCAGCAGUUGUGGGGAUGGUGGUGCUGGCAGUAGGAGUUGGAAUUGCUUUACAUUUAUGGCAAAGGAUGAAGGGGAGUGGCCCAAAGAAUCCUUUUGAAACCAGUCAUGCUGGCCAAAGUGAUCCUAAUGAAAAUGAACAAGUCAACCAAAGGCUGUCUUCUGAGACAGAAGCAGUCAUCAGAAUUCCCCCAACUGAUGAUGGACACACUAGUGAAAGUUCUGCCACAGAUAAAAAUGAACCAAACAGAACAUCUCCAUCAGAAGCAGAAGACGUCAACAAAUCUGAUGUGAGGCCUCAAAGGGAGAGUCCCCUUUCGGAUAAAAAUGGAGAUGAUCACACUUCUCCAUCAGAAGGGGUUCUUCAGAAUGAAUUCACUCCCGAGGACACGUACCAGCAGAGUACAGAAAUGGGUGACAUCAGUAGAUCCUCUGUUACAGCGACAAAAGACAUAAACACAUCAUCUCCUUCUGAGGAAGAGCCUGUCAAGGAAAGUCCUUCUUUGGGUACGAAUAAUCAAGUAGCAAAAAGUUCAUCUACUGAUGAAGACAACCAAAUUUCUCCUUCAAAGUCGUGUGAAACAAGUGAAUCUCCUACACAAGAAUCGUGUGAAACAAGUGAAUCUCCUACACAAGAGUCUGUGUCCCAGCAAAGCACAGAAACAGACAAUGUCAAAGAAACUCCUUCUUCUGAAAAGGAUGAUGCCAAUAAAACAUCUCCAUCUGACACUGAGGAAAUUGACCAAAUCUCUCCAUCUGGGAGCGGCCAACCAGUGAAAUCCAAGAAAGCACCACAAAAGAUUGCAAAAAAGACCAACGUCAGUACACCUGUUCCACCUGCAAAACCUAUUCAACAAUCUACAAAGAAAAGUACUGUCAGCAAACCUGAGGUGAAGAGUCACGUCAGCAAAAGCAGUUCAAUGCGCAGUGUUCCCAAACAAACAACUUCCACCCAUACUGGGAAAAAAAGCAAAACGUCAUCACAUCUUGUGAAGAAGGAAUCAUCUCAGAAAAAAGCAGGAGAAUUAUCCCAUAAAAAGUCAGGAAAAUCAUCCCAUAAAAAGGAAGAAGAAUCGUCACAUAAGAAGAUGAAAAAGCAUAAGGCAAGGGGAAGUGGACAUUCUGGGGAAGUUUCUGAAGGGAUGGAAGGGCAGUCUGGAGAAGCGCCACAUGAAGAAGACAUAGAAGAGGAGACAGAAGAGAAAGCAGAUGAGAUGGAAGAGGAUGAGGCAGCUGAAACAGAACAAGAUGAAGCUGCUGAAGAUGAAAGUAAUCAAGAAGCAGAAGAUGAGGAGGUUACUGAAAUGACAGAAGAAGAAGUUACUGAAGUCACUGAAGAGGAAGUUACUGAAGUCACUGAAGAGGAGGUUACUGAAGUGACAGAAGAAGAAGUAACUGAGACAACAGAGGAAGAAGUUACUGAAGUGACAGAAGGUGAGACAAAUUUUUAUGUCAAUUUCUCAUUCACACAAUUUAUAUCACCUGUUGCAAUCUUAUAA